UUUUGCGUUCUGUGUGCUGCUGUGUCAGUUGAGCAGUGGGGGGAGGUGCCCUAGCGGGACGUGUGGUGCCUAGUACAUCUUACAGUAAAAACAGCUAUUUUGUUCAUUCAUGCUGUUUCUGUGUAUUUUUUUAAACUCCAGAUUGUGAGAUUGUCUUAACCAACCUUGCAUCUCCCACAUGUGUCCCUCUCUCUCUCUCUUCCGCCAAACUGUGCCAUGUAAAAGGGCCCAAUGCAUUCCUGACUGUUGUGCUGAACCAGGCUUCGCCUGAGAGGGGCAGGUGCUUGGUAUCACACGCCUCAUCAAGUAGGGCAUCCUUGUGGCAUGAGCCACACAGGGACCUGGGAAAUGCCUGACCUCUCUUUAGACCUGAUAAAUCCUCCUCGAUGUGGACCCCGGGCUAUGGCAUCCCAUGGAUAUUUGACCUGAAGUGGGAAAUUGUCAAAUGUAUGACUUCUGUCUUAGUUGACGCCCUGUCAGUACUGUCAUGGGUCAGUGUGUUGGUGGUCAGUUUUAAUAGGUAUUAAACAUACAAAAACAAUAAAUAUCUUAUUAUUGCUCUGCAAUGUACCACUACAUGUUUGUUUUUUUCAAUUAACUUGUUCUGGAGAAGGUUCAAUCUUGUUUGUUUAUCAUUGGAUUGUGUAUUUACUGUAUGUCCAUGUCUGUAUUCCAUUAUCCGACAAUAACACAAAUAUAACAUGUAUUUUUCUUUAUAUCAUAAUAGCAGCCUGAAGUCUUUUUAUUUGCGUUCCAGUAUGAUCUACCUGUGACUUCCUCUAGGUGCGGAGUGUGUGAGAGGCCUGGGCUCGCCCAGCAGAGUUCCAGAUGGCCUAUUGAGUUCCAGGCAUAAUGAGGGGUGAUGGAUCAGUGGCGGCUGUGGCAGGGUGGGGCGCAGCCGUGAAUGGGGGCUAAGUGUGGGAAAGAGGAGCAGGUCGGAGCUCUCACACAUUCCUCACUGGAGAGAGGGAGAGGGCCUUUGGCUGCACAUAGACACUGGGACAUCUGGGCUCAAAGCUAUGGAGACUGUUUUGGUGUGUGUGCGUGUGUCCAUGCACGUGGGCGAGAGUGUGUGUGUGUGUGGAGGGGCUUAUAAUGAGGCCAUCGCUUUUCUUCCUGAAUAGAUGGAAUGUCCACAUUGGAAUGUGUUCAUACUCAAAUAAUGUUUUCAUCUGCAUAGUCAUGACUCACUUAUUAGAAAUAUCUUUAAAGAGAGGAGAAAAGACAGACCAGAAAUGAUUUCCCUCCAAAAAUACCCUUGCCAUCUGCCUUUUAAAAUUUUUAGCAUUAGCAUUUUUGUCCAUUUAGUUUAGAGCAACCAUUUGAAUCAAUGUUAAACAUUUUAAUGCAAGUGUCUAGUAAGUUAUUGAAGUAUGUAGACAUUUACCAAUUCUAUUAACUUAUUCACGAGUGAUAGGAGAAACAUUAUUUAGUAAUAGCCUCUGAUGAUGAGAGUGAAGUUCACUGUAUUGUACUGUCCGAAGGCUUCAGUGGGAGCAGAUGUUUGAGUGCAGGUUUCAUUAAUGAGAGGCCAGAGGAGAUUAGAGGAGGAGAGGUGUAAUCAGUGUUAGGUAAGUGUGCACGCACACAGGCCGGCCAUGUGAACGAGGGCGAGGUGGGGGGAACACACGUGCCCCCAGGCUCAGCAGUGCCUCUGAUCUGGGCAGCAGGUUGACAGGGUAUCUCUAGAGGGGGGCAAGGGGGUGGUGGAUGGAGGGGAGAUGGGGUGUGGCCUAUUGACUGGAUCCUCUCCUGCUUUCCCACACUCUCUUUCACAUUUACCACAUACUCUGUGGGGGGGCUGAGUGAAGGUGUCUCACAAUGGAAGUGUGCCUUCCCAGAAGGUGCUGGAUAAUUGUGUUUAAUUGGCAUCUACAAUGUGAAUGUUUCUCUCUCUCUCUCUUUCUCUCUCUCUCUCUCUCUCUCACACACUUUCUCUCUCACUCUCACUCUCUCGCUUUCUCCCUCUCCCUCUCUCUCCCCCUCUCUCUCUCUCUCUCUCUCUCUCUCUCUAUCUCUCUCUCCCAGUGUAUCUUUCUCAUGCUUUCUGUACAUGUGAAAGACAGAGAAGAUGUAAAUGGUAUAUAAGUAACGGAUGUAAGGGGAGAGGAAUUAUUUAAUUUUACAGCACACUUACAGUACUUACAGUACUAUCACAGUAUUAACAUUAUGUCUUCUGACUAUAUUCUUUGUCUCCUUAAUAGGUUAGCAUUAAUAUCUGCAAUGUGAAGUGUGCAGUAUCUAUAUGCCUUUAGGUUCCUUAACAAUGCUGACUCAGUCCCAAUCUGCAGAUGCCUGAUAAGGAAUGUUCCCAGGUAAUAAAAGUGUAACGAUGUGCUUGUGUUCAGUCUCUGCCUCUGAUAUCUGCAACACCAUUCCCUCUGUUGAGGCCAGUAAACCAUGAGAUAAUGGAUGCCUCUCCCAUUGUUGUGUCUGCCUCGCCCACUGGCCUCUGAGUGUGGGAAAGCUAAUCCAGCCUGGUACACAUGGCUUUGUAAUGCUAAUGGCCUCCUAUAAAUAGGGGAGUGGGCUCCUCUCUCAGCUCACAAGCUUCUCGCCUUCCUCAGAGAAGCACACUCUCUGUCUAACAGAAUGGCUCCUACCUACACCAGAGACUCUGACAACACCAUGCUCUCUACUAAAGACAAACAUAAACUAAGGAAACCAGUUGUGGAGAAGAUGCGUAGAGACCGCAUCAACACCUGCAUAGAGCAGCUCAAGACCCUACUGGAGAGGGAGUUCCACAAACAGGACCCCAAUGCCAAGCUGGAGAAGGCUGACAUCCUGGAGAUGACGGUGGGAUUCCUGAAGCAGCAGCUGCAGCCUCAGAGCCCAGUCCUUCAGAGGGCCCACAGUGAGGGCUACUCCCAGUGCUGGAGGGAGACACUGCACUUCCUGUCUUCCAGCUCCAUGAAGGACAUGAUGCUCCAUAACCUCCAGAGAGCUGAACAGGACAUCUGUCUCUCCUCUCCACUCUCCUCCCAACACCAAAACCACAGCCAGGGCCCAGUGAAGCAGGCCACCACAGGCCACAAAUCAGUCUGGAGGCCUUGGUAGAACCACCACAUAGAGAGACUAUCUCACAAACUGGAUGGAUGUUUACCAUCUUUCUUGCUGUAGGAAAUACAUUUCCAAACGUUAUAUUGAAAUUAUAUUAUUUUCUUGUUAUAUUUGAACGGAAUUCUACUGAGGUGAUUAUUUGUUCUCAGAGAAGAAGCUGAACACAUGUUUGUAUUAAUUCAUAAUGAAGAAUAUGUUUGAUAUUUUACGUGUAUGUUUAUGUGUGUAUACGUUUUGUACUCACUUGAUGCACCAAUGUGUUCUUUAGUCCUUUCAUUUUCUAUGAAGAUGAUUGGUAAAGGUCAUAUCUUAACGUGUAUGGUUGCUUAGCUAACUCAAAUCUUGCUUUAACUCUAUUAUAUGUACUGUCCUAAUGAAGGACAUUUACAAAUGCUUUGAUAUGUCUUUUGUAAAGGCUUUUUGGGACAUUGUUGUUCCACCAUAGGCACUGUUGUGCUGUGAAAUGUAUUGUUGACACUGUGUGUCUUUCAUUCUCACUUGAUAAAGUGAACAGACACCUAAAAUGGAUUCCAAUAAAUGUUUUGGAAAGUAA